AUGAAUAUGAUUUUUGGAACUAUCCAAAACGUCAUAUAUGGACUUAAAAGUGAGCAUGUUAGUCUCUUUGUUCGUAGUAAUACUGACGUAGUUCAGUAUGUGGUCGUAAUAUACGUCAUACUCUUUAUGCUUGGCCACGAGUUUAUGGCGAAGAGGGAGUCAUUCAAAAUUACAGGCCCUGUGCGCCUUUGGAAUUUAGUGCUCGCUGUCUUUUCCAUGGCGGGGACUCUUACUUGCGCAAGGAUGCUAGGUAGUCUUUUUCCGUCUCGAUCACUUCACGAAAUGGCCUGUGAGUCCAACAACUUUGUUAUUUACAACGGCAAUUCCGCCUUUUGGAUUUUCGCAUUUAUUGUGUUAAAAAUGCUUAAGCUGUUGGAGACUGCUUUCCUCUGUUUUCAGAAGAAGCCUUUCACAUUUUCGCAUAUCUAUAGCCGGCUGAUGGAGCUAUUCUUUUUCUGGCAUGCUAGUCGCACACUUCUUCCUGCUAAUAUUCUUUUUACUUUUCUGGGCUACCUAAUGCAAUCUGUCAUCAGUGUACUUAAUUUAAUGCGCUCUUGUGGGUUGGAUAACCGAAGGACACUGCUCGCUCGAGCUAUUACUUUGUGCUAUUCUUGCCAGUCGUAUUUAUAUUUUGGUUUAUGUUUAUACAUGAGUUUUCAUUACUUUAGUGCCGAUGGCUGUUUUGUAGAGCCCGGCAUACUGCGCCUAGGUCUAGCAACAUAUGGAGUUCUCUCUAUAAAUAUUACAUCUUCCUGGUUUAGAUGUUUUAUGAAUAAGAUUCCCGUACAUGCAGAAGCGUCUAAAGCAGUACCUGGAGACGUAAGGCUAUUUCCGGAACCCUUAACACGGGAGAUAAAGUUGAAUUCCUCAAUAGAAACACAUCAAACUUUAACGGGCGUAUAUAUACCUUUUUCUAAUGGAGUCAGCAGGGAAAGAAAAUCGUCAUAAAUGGUUAGGGAUGCGGAACUCAUGAAAUAAACUAAGACCGAAUACACGAAAUUUAAUAAUACAUAGAUCAAUACUGCGAAUAAUGCGCAUCUUGUGUCACGUCUUUA